CUACCGUACUUGAUUACUCGGCCUCUGGAGCACGCGGUGGGCACGGCACGGCACGGCACGGCGCGACCAAUGGCAGCAUCUCCCGACGCCGACGACGUCGACAUGGCCGAGCUCCCUCUGGAGACGCGGUGCCCACCGUCGUCGCUAAGGCAGUACGGUGGCUUCUGGUGGCCCGAGCCGAUCCUGCCGGGAGUCGUGGCCGCGCGCGCGGGGUUCGGGCCGAGGCCGUCCGACGUCUUCCUCGCCAGCUUCCCCAAGUCCGGCACCACCUGGCUCAAGGCGCUCGCCUUCGCCACGCUCCACCGCGCCGACCACCCGACACACAGCCUCGACCAUCCGCUCCGCCGCCGUAACCCUCACGACUGCGUCGAGUUCUUGGAGGGGCUCUUCGCGCUCUCCCCGCCGGCCAUCAAGGGCGGAGACGUGCUCGCGGCGCACCCUUCGCCGCGCGUCAUCGCCACCCACAUCCCCUACUCCCUCCUGCCGGAGCGCGUGACCGCGGAGGGCGCCGGAUGCAAGCUCGUGUACGUCUGCCGCGACCCCAAGGACGCGCUCGUCUCCAUGUGGGUAUUCGCCAAGAAGAUGGCUGCCGCCGACGAGGACGGCAGCCCCCGGGACGCGUUCACGAUCGAGGACGCGUUCGAGCUCUUCUGCGACGGCCGCUUCCCCGGCGGCCCGCAGUGGGCCCACGUCUCGGGCUACUGGGAGGCGAGCCGGAGGCGGCCGGAGAAGGUGCUCUUCCUCCGGUACGAGGAGAUGCUACUGGACCCGGUCGGCAAGGUGAGGAAGCUGGCGGAGUUCAUGGGGUGCGCGUUCUCCGAGGACGAGGAGGCGGCGGGUGUUGGGAAGGACAUCGUGGAGCUGUGCAGCAUCGAUGCUCUCAGAAACAUGGAGGUGAACAAGAACGGCACGCAAAAGUACGCCAAGAACGAGGACUACUUCCGGAAGGGGGUUGCCGGGGACUGGAGCAACCACAUGAAGCCGGCGAUGGCCGCGCGGCUGGACAAGAUCGUCGAGGACGCGCUGCAAGGGUCGGGGUUCACGUUCGGCGCGGUGGCCGACGGACGAUCCAUGGUCAGAAACUAGCACGGCAUAAUUAAGGAAUCUCUAUAGUAGGUGUGGCAGACAACAGAGUGACUCUCUGCCAAAGCUCAAGUAAAAUAACGACGGCAUAAUUGAGGAA